AAUUAUUUAUUGUAUUUGUUCUAAAUUUAAUAACAUGGGAAACAUAGAAAAAAACGUUAUUUUUGCUGGUGUUCUUGGCAUUAAACCUGUUGAAGAUGCAAAAUGUAUAAUAAAGUUAUCUAACUUGGUAUUUGAAUGCUCGAGUGAUCCAUAUUUGGAAUGGACUUCGAUAAAAACAAUAUUUCAGGAAGGUGAUAGAAAUCAUCUUAUCAUCGGUGAUGUUGAUUACGAUUUUGAUAAAUUAAUUGAGUCGGCUGUGAAAACAAUGCACAACAAAGAAGUAAGUGAUUUUAUAUUGAAGGCCAGUAUAACAUUAAAUCAAAUAUCACAUGAUAUAUCAGUUAAGGUAAGAAUAGAGCUGAUAAGUCUUAUAAAUAUGCAAUAUGUUCAUAAACUUCCAUAUAUUCAUAAGGCCUAUAUUGCUAGAAAGCAUAAAGACAGAGGUGUUGAUUUUUUCAAAAAGCAAGAAUACUUAUUAGCCUUCAAGAGAUUCAGUAAAGCUUUGAAGUUAUUAAUAUCACUAGGCCCAUACAGCGAUAGCGGCCUUAACGAUGCCGAUUAUAAAAUAGUUUUUGAUCUCAAGCGAGAUUUGUAUAACAAUUUAGCCUUAUGCAGGCAGUGUAUGAAAUCGAAGAAUCCAGAAGUUAAUCUUCAACAUAUUGUAUAUUUGUGUAAUAAAGUUUUAGAGAUCGAUUCCAACAAUAUCAAAGCUCUGAUGAGGCUUGCAAAGGCCAAGACUGAAUUAAGAGACUUUGAGGAAGCCAGAGAUGUUGUGAGUAAAAUACUGGAGAUAGAACCAAAUUAUUCUAGUGCCAAAAGUGAAAUGAUUAAGUUAACUACAAUUAUAAAAGAACAA